AUGGAUAACCGUAAAUUUUUGGGUAUGGAUCAUCCAUAUAGGAUGGAUAAAAGAUCUUUCAAUGGCAAUGUUGAAUUGAGGUCUUCACCAGCUUUAUUAGAUGGGGAACAAAUUUUUGAAGAUUUGAAAGAUUUUGACAAGGUAUUUAGAAAGAAGCAAAAAAAUAAAAUUGAUGGUCCAUGGAAGAAAAGGUCCAUUUUCUUUGAGUUGCCAUAUUGGAAGCAAAAUACAUUGCGUCAUUGUCUUGAUGUUAUGCACAUCGAGAAAAAUGUAUGUGAUAACAUAAUUGGAACUUUAUUAGACAUUCCAGGAAAGUCCAAAGAUCAUGCAAAUGCUCGUUACGAUCUCAAAGAUAUGGGCAUAAGAAAAAAACUUCAACCAAAGGAGAUAGAUGGUGGCAAGAAAGAAAAAAUUGCUAAGGCUUGUUUUAACCUUACUAAUCAAGAAAAAACUAUUUUUUGUGAUAUUUUGAAGUCAGUAAAAUUGCCAUCUGGUAGUGCCUCUAACAUUUCUCGGUGUGUUCAUGUUGCUGAGAAAAAGAUAUCAGGCUACAAAAGUCAUGAUGCUCAUUUUAUGUUGCAUUAUUUGUUGCAAGUAGCUAUAAAAUGCACAAUGCAUAAUCAAGUAGCUGGCCCUUUAAUUUAUCUAGGUUCAUUCUUUCGUUCCUUGUGCCAAAAAGUUGUUGAAAAUGAUACAAUAGAUCAUUUGGAAGUAGAUAUUAGAGAGAUUUUGUGCCAAUUGGAAAGAAUAUUUCCUCCUAGUUUCUUUGAUAUAAUGGUCCAUUUGCCUAUUCAUCUGGUAAACGAGUUGAGGUUGGGUGGCCCAGUUCAAUUUAGGUGGAUGUACCCCAUCGAGAGAUAUCUGUGUAGGUUAAAGUCCUACGUUCACAAUAAGAGCCGCCCCGAAGGUUCAAUUGCUGAAGGAUAUUUAGCCGAGGAAUGCUUGACAUUUUGCUCAAGAGAGUAUGAGGAACAUGUCAACAAUCAAACUAAAGGUAGAAAAUGGAAGAAGGCAAAAACUCUAAGCCAUGAUUUUAGUGAAUGGUUCAAAGAGCGUGCUUCUCAUGAAGAUGUUUCGAAACAACUUAAAGAUUUGUCUAGAGGCCCAAACACAGUUGCAAAACGAUUUUCUAGUUAUGUAAUCAAUGGCUACAAAUUUCAAACUAGAGAACAUGAUGCAAGCCACACAACUCAAAACAGUGGUGUGACUUUGGUGUGCGAAACACCAAGCUUUGCUAGUGCCAAGGAUAAUAACCCAAUGACAAAAGCCGUAACAUAUUUUGGUGCAAUAAAUGACAUAAUUGAGUUAGACUAUUAUGCAUGUUUCAAAUUUGUUCUCUUCAAUUGUGAUUGGUUUGAAGUUGAGGAAGAGAAUUUUGGUCUAACUUCAGUUCAUUUUAAUAAAAGAUGUUCUCGGGAUGAUCCUUUUGUAGUGGAUAUAGGUGGUUAG